AUGGAUUCGAUCACCUCUGCUGUUCCCUUUGCAGGCCUGCUGGUGGUCAUGGCUGGACGUCUCCAGGGCCAAUUCAGCACUCUCAGAGCUAAACACGCGGAUUCCUUGAGGCCACCAUUUACAGUAAAGCUGCUAGAAAAGAGAAUUCCUGCAAACUCUUUUGUGAUCAGUUUCUUUCCCUUGUCAUAUGCCCCAUAGGUUGACAGACUGUAACAUUUUGAGAGCUCAGAUAAGCAGAAAGCAGUGCAAUUUACAGUAGGAGGAUGA